UCCUGUUAGAGGACCCUCCUCCUGAGACAUUACAAUCACAGCGAGCUGCUUAUAAAAACGGGGACACGCAGCCUCCGACACACACCGUGUGCACCGAUCCACUUGUUGUUAUUGUUCCACUGACUUUGGACACAGGACGCAGAAUAUGGGAAAAGAAGCGAGACCCAACUGGGACAACCCCGUCCAGUUUGUCCUGGCCUGUGUGUCAUACGCAGUCGGACUGGGAAACGUGUGGCGUUUUCCGUACCUCUGUCAAAUGCACGGUGGAGGGGGUUUCUUGAUUCCAUAUAUCAUCAUGCUGAUUCUGGAGGGUAUCCCCUUAUUUUACAUGGAGCUUGCCAUUGGUCAGAAGAUGAGUCUUGGCAGCAUCGGGGCGUGGACUGCCAUCAACCCUUAUUUGGGAGGACUAGGUCUUGCAAGUGUUGUGACGUCCCUGUAUCUGUGUCUCUAUUACAACAUCAUCAAUGCAUGGAGUUUCUGGUACCUCUUUAAUUCAUUUCAAUCAGUCCUGCCCUGGUCAGAGUGCCCCCUCAAUUCCAACCGGACAGGACCGGUAGAGGAGUGUGAAAAGGCUACAUCCACCCAGUACUUCUUCUUCAGGGAAACACUGAACAUCUCACCUUCUAUUGAAGAGAAUGGAGGCAUUCAUACAGGCCAGGCAUUGUGCCUUGUGCUGGCCUGGGCGAUUACUUACAUGUUCAUUGUCAAAGGAGUAAAGUCAACAGGAAAGGUGGUGUACUUCACAGCCUUAUUUCCAUAUGUGGUCCUCAUAAUCUACUUGAUCCGGGGCUUCACUCUGCAUGGUGCCCUCAACGGUAUCACAUACAUGUUCGUACCGAAGAUGGAACAGCUUGCCAACCCGAUUACCUGGGUCAACGCGGCCACUCAGAUAUUUUACUCCCUGGGUCUGGGUUUUGGGUCCCUCAUAGCAUUUGCCAGCUACAACCAGUACAACAAUAACUUUGAGCGCCAGGCCAUCGUUGUUUCUCUCAUUAACUGUGGAACCUCCAUCUUUGCCAGCAUUGUCACCUUUGCCAUCUAUGGGUUCAAGGCCACCGUCAACUACGAGAACUGCCUGGGAAGGAGCCGCUUACUACUGCUGAAUACAUUUAAUGUAGCAGAGGACAGCAUCACCAUGGACAAUGUCUUUGAGUGGAUUGAGAAGCUGAACACAACAUACCCAGAGCAGUUUGCUGAAAUCGCCAACAAACUGGAAAGCUGUGACCUGGAGAGCGAACUAAACACUGCGGUGGAGGGGACAGGUCUGGCCUUCAUUGUGUACAGCGAGGCCAUUAAGAGCAUGCCAGUGCCUCAGCUCUGGUCGGUGCUGUACUUCCUUAUGCUCCUGCUGCUGGGAAUGGGCAGCAUGCUGGGCAACAUCACUGCCAUCAUCACCCCGCUACGAGACUUCAAGUUUUUGUCCCACUUGAGCGACGAGUUGCUCAACGGUUUAUUGUGUGGCUUUUGUCUGCUGCUCGGCCUGGGCUUCACCACCACGUCGGGGAAUUACUGGUUUACCAUGUUCAACGACUAUGGAGCCAGUUUCUCCCUGCUCUUCGUCGUCCUCAUCGAGGUCAUAACCAUCAGUUACUUCUAUGGGUUUAAAAGGUUUGAAAAAGACAUAGAAGACAUGCUGGGUCAUCGUCCCAACUGGUACUGGAAGAUCAUGUUGGCGGGUGUCAGUCCCCUUCUCCUUAUCACCAUCAUAAUCUUCUACAUCGUCAACUACAUCCAAGGAGGGACACCCACCUACCAGGCCUGGAACAAAGAGCUGGGCGAGUCGGUGGUGACGAAGUAUCCCGUCUUCGGUCAAGUCUUCAUCGCUCUGCUGUUGGUGUCGUCUAUCAGCUGUGUUCCCCUCACAGCUCUGUAUGUCUACUGCAAGAAGAGGAAACAUGGAGACCAUCACAGGAAGCAGCGUACUGUCAACACAGUAUCUGCUUAGUGACCAGAUGAUGACCGGGGGGGACUAGUCUCCCAACAUCACCUUGUUCCUAGACACUUCCAUAUGUCACCUAUUGUGUGAAUGCAUUACUGUACAGUGUCCAUCAGUAUUAAAGUCAGACUUCUGAGCCAGAUUCUAAUAAAUACGUAUAUGUGCACUGAAAGAGAAGUUUAAGUUGUACGUGCAACACUAUAUUGCAGUUUGUUUGAUUGCCAAACUUUAGAUCAAAUUGAACUUCAGUUUUUCAUGUGACGCUAGUUUAUUAAACUGUCUUAAUGUGAUGAGGUAGGACGAUAUGUAGCUUACUCAGCAGGUUUUGAUAUGUAGUGUUUGAGUAUGUUAUUCUUUUUUUUUCAUGUCUUAUACACUGCAAAAAUGUCUGAAGUGGUGUUGUUUCAUACUCAGCCAUCAACAUUAAUGUCUCAAUGGAGUGAGCUAAUUCAGGUUCAAAUCAAGUUUAUUUGUGUUGGUACAAAAUCACAAGUGGGAUCAAAGUCCAGAUUAUAGAAAGUUCAGCACUAAUGCUGCUAAUAGCAUUUGUUCUUGGAGUUUCCCUUGUUUCAGGAAUUUUCUGAGAGUGAGAGUCAGUAUUUUUGAUAUAUGGACUUAGACCCGUUUAUAUUACUGGUACCAAAACAUGGCUUUUUAUUUAAAUUUUAAUGUAGUACUAAAAAAACAUCACUUCACAAUGACUGAAAACUGUAUCUUCUUUUAAGAUUUUAACCUGUUGGACUCAACAAUAGACUGUCUAGUCAACUAAUAAGUCAACAAUAAUAAGCUUGUAUUGAGUUUUCUGGUAAGCUGAUUUAUACAUGUGCUCUUUUGAAAGGAGGUUGUACAAAUUAUCUGUUUUUUUCCUAUAUAUUAAGUAUUUUUUGAGAACUAGUUUUCUAUCUGUCCUGAAAGGGCUUGAUAUGCUAUGAUACCUUAUAUGUAAUGUGUGUUAAACGGAGAGAACAUAAAGUCACGUAUGUUAACCAGUAAAAGAUCUACUGUGGCAAAUAUAAUUUUAAUACUAAAAUAUUUGCUUUGCACGAUCUCAAAUAUGUAAAAUGUGUACAUACUGUAGAUACUUGUGUCCUCUAAUGAUCCAAUAAUUUGAAUACUCCAAAAAUGUGAUUUUUUUCUUUUCUUUUUUGUGCCAUUGGCUAAAUGAGAUGUUAUUAACUGUCAUAGACAAUGAACGACCAUUAAAA